ACUUAUACCACUUGUGACCUGGCUGGACCUGCUGUGUGACUAUAGCCGGCUGCAGUCGCUUCUUUGCCGUGUGCUUUGGUUAGUCUGGCUGUGUAGUGAGCUCUUGGGUGUGGUAGUUGGUCAGUCAUGGUUCUUCUGGUUGUGUUGGGUAGCCUGCUCCAGAUGUUGUUCCUGCGGUCGUGUGUGGGCCAGAUCCCCCGGCCUUGCGCCAACACAGAGGCGCUCCGUACCAAGCAGUGCUGCCCGGUGUGGGAGGGGGACGGGUCGGCCUGUGGAGCCACGUCGGGCCGAGGGUUCUGUCAGGACGUGACGGUAUCGGAAGAGCCCCACGGGCCACAGUACCCACACACUGGGAUAGACGACCGAGAACGGUGGCCGCUGGCCUUCUACAACCGCACAUGCCAGUGUGCAGGUAACUACGGGGGUUUUGACUGUGGGGAGUGCAGGUUCGGCUACUUCGGCCCCGGCUGUGCCGAGCAGCGGGAGUCCGUGAGGAGGAACUUCCUCUCGCUGUCGGUGUCGGAACAACAGCGGUUCAUCGCCUACCUGAACUUGGCCAAGAACACCGUCACCGCUGACUACGUCAUUGUCACAGGAACUCGCGCUGAGAUGGGUACAAAUGGGGAGAACCCAAUGUUUUCCGACGUGAGUGUAUAUGACCUGUUUGUGUGGAUGCACUACUACGUGUCCAGGGACACAUUGCUUGGGGGGCCAGGAAAUGUUUGGCCGGACAUAGACUUUGCACACGAGUCGGCGGCGUUCCUGCCAUGGCACCGAGUGUAUCUGCUGCACUGGGAGCACGAGAUCAGGAAGAUGACUGGGGAUUUUAACUUCACUAUCCCAUACUGGGACUGGCGGGAUGCAACAGACUGUACGGUGUGCACAGACAACCUGAUGGGUGGGCGGAGCCUGCUGAACCCCAACCUCAUCAGCCCAGGCUCUGUGUUCUCUUCAUGGAAGGUGAUCUGUACCCAGCCAGAGGAGUACAACAGCAGAGCAGCACUGUGUCCCGGGACAGGGGAGGGGCCUCUGCUGCGCAACCCUGGUAACCACGACCCUAACCGUGUGAGGCAUCUGCCCACCUCGGCCGACGUGGACUUUGUGGUGGGUAUAGAGACUUACGAGACGGGAGCCAUGGACCGCCAAGCCAACAUGAGCUUCAGGAACUCCCUGGAGGGUUUUGCGAGUCCUGAGACGGGGAUGGCUAUAACAGGACAGAGUACGAUGCACAACGCCCUCCAUGUCUUCAUGAACGGAACCAUGAGCUCAGUACAGGGCUCAGCCAAUGAUCCCAUCUUCCUCCUGCACCACACCUUCAUAGACAGUAUCUAUGAACAAUGGUUGAGGAGACACACGCCGCCUCGCUCCCGCUACCCAACAGCCAACGCUCCGAUUGGUCACAAUGAUGGUUACUACAUGGUUCCCUUCCUGCCACUCUACCGCAAUGGUGACUACUUCCUGGGCAACAAGGUCCUGGGUUACGAAUACUCCUACCUGCUUGACCCAGGAACGAGAUUUGUCCAGGAGUUCCUGACUCCCUACAUGCAGGAGGCUCAGAUGAUCUGGCAGUGGCUCCUGGGAGCAGGACUCAUCGGGGCCAUCCUGGCAGGAAUUGUCAUGACGACCGGGGCCCUGUUUGUCAGGAGGCGGAGCCAGAACAGGAAGAUGAAGUCGACUUCAUCCUUCGGGGAGAGACAGCCCCUCUUACAUAGCAGCUCAGAGGAAGGAUCAGGGACCUCCUACCAGACCACACUGUAAUACACACACACACACAAACACACAAAGACACACACACAAAUACGAACACACACACACUAAGACACAAACACACGAAGACACACAUACUAAGACACACACACACACACUCCAGAGACAUUUCAUUCCAAUAUGCCUCGUUCUGCUGCUCUUGAUCUGGGGGUUAAUCUGACACAUAUCAAACAGUAGGAAGACGUUCAGAGACAAACAUGAAAUGAUCAAUCAUAUUAAAGUCCAACUGCAGUCCAGUCUUGAGUCCCGUUCAGGACCACAACACUACAGUCAAACUGUAUGGGACAGGUAUUUGGGUCUGUUAGUGUUGGUUUUGUGUCCACUCAGUCCAGUCUUGAGUCCCGUUCAGGACCACAACACUACAGUCAAACUGUAUGGGACAGGUAUUUGGGUGUUGGUUUUGUUUCCACUCAGUGCUGUCUAUGGGUCCCUGUCCCCAUUCCCUCCCCUAUUCCCCCCGUCCUUCCCCUCUCCCCACUGCCAUGGAGAUGCUGGUGCUAUGGGGAUGUUGUACUGUGUACUGCAUUAUACUGUGUACUGUUAAUACUGUGUACUGUAUGAUAAUGUAUACUGUUGAUACUGUGUACUGUAUUAUACUGUGUACUGUUGAUACUGUAUACUGUAUUAUACUGUGUACUGUAUUAUACGGUGUACUGUAUGAUACUGUGUACUGUUGAUACUGUGUACUGUUGAUACUGUGUACUGUAUUAUACUGUGUACUGUUGAUACUGCGUACUGUUGAUACUGUGCACUGUAGAUACUGUGUACUGUAUUAUACUGUGUACUGUUAAUACUGUGUACUGUAUGAUAAUGUAUACUGUUGAUACUGUGCACUGUAUUAUACUGUGUACUGUUGAUACUGUGUACUGUUGAUACUGUAUACUGAUCUAGGAUCAGAUUACCCUAGCCUGAGAUUUAGGAUCAGAUUACCCUAGACCGAGAUUUAGGAUCAGAUGACCCUAGCCCGAGAUUUAGGAUCAGAUGAGCCUAGCCCAAGAUUUAGGAUCAGAUUACCCUAGCCCCAGAUCUAGGAUCAGAUUAACCUAGCCCCAGAUCUAGGAUCAGAUUAACCUAGCCUGAGAUCUAGGAUCAGAUUACCCUAGCCCCAAACCAAGAGGUUUUAGGUGGAUAAAAACAUAUCUGACCCUGCAUCAGCGGUUAGGGGAAACGUUUACCUACUCUAUGAGUACAGGUCUGAGUCUUACAGGGAAAAGAUUAUCCACUCUACAACGUGAACUGCUUUGUAGGAUAUUAAAUGGCAGGACAAGUCCACUUCAUGUCUGCCUCUGAACCAGUGGUGUAAAGUGCUUAAGUAAACAUACUUUUAAAGUAUUACUUAAGUAGUUUUGGGGGGUAUCUGUACCCCACAAAUUGUACUUUUACUUCACUGCAUUCCUAAAGAAAAUAUUGUACUUUAUACUCCAUACAUUUUCCCUGACACCCAAAAGUACUUGUUACAUUUAGAAUGCUUAGCAGGACAGGACAUGGUUCAAUUCACACUUAUCAAGAGGACCUGCUCAUCCCUACUGCCUCUGAUCUGGCGGACUCACUAAACAGAGGACAUCCCUGGUCAUCUACUGCCUCUGAUCUGGCGGACUCACUAAACACAAAUGCUUUGUUUGUAAAUUAUGUCUGAGUGUUGAAGUGUGUCCCUAGCUAUCCAUUAAAAAAUAAUAAUCC